AUGGUGGACGUCGAGGAGGAAGAAAACUUUACUCUCCGAAUAGAGGCACAGGAAGUUGCUAAAGAGGUCGCAUUCGCUGUCGAUUUCGUCGAAAUCGCGAAAGAUCUUCCAAAUGGCGACAAAGUGAUUCACUUAAACCUGAGGACACAAGAGGAACAGGAAUUCAGCGUGGAACUCACUGACCAAGGCUUCAGGGUUGUGGGUAAUAAGUUUAACAUGGUGGAUGAAAACACAAGUUCCCAAUACUUUGAGACUAUCUAUGCCUUGUUGGAUAAUCAUAGUCCAAAGUACAGGAAAUCAUUUGGUGAUGCACUCCUGAAGAAACUGGAAAACCUACAGAUGUCUCAGGAGAAAUCAGACAGGGACAACAAUAAGGGAAGAAGUGAGGAAUCUGAUAACAACUCUUAGCAGGAUGAUGUUGUCAUUAGGCCAAAGAUAUGGUGAGGCAGUGUUAUUGGGAUACAACAAUAUGGCUGUACUCCUUGGUGCUGGAUUUCCUUAUGGCAAAUCAUUACGUCUUUCAUCUUUGUAAUAUAUAUGUAGUUUAAUUUCUAAUCCCUUUAUCAAUUUGAAAGCUGGAAUUGAAUAGUGUGAUGAGACUUACAGCACACAUCCUGUAUACGAGGAUUGUACUGACUGAAGGACAAUACCACUGUGAUGCGUCUAACAGCACAGAUCCUAUAUAGACCUGGCUAUAGGACAAUAUCACUGUGGUGAAAUGUAUUUGUAAAACCUUGGUGUUAAAGUAUGCUGCCUCCACCUUAGGUUUAAGCAUACACAGCUGUCCUUGACUUAGUAUAUUCAGCUGUCCCUUGGUGUGAGUGUAUGGUGCUGCCCCCUGGGUGUUAGUAUAUACUUCAGCACCCUGGAUGUUACUACACCCCAAGUUGUUGUAUAUGUUUUUUUCCCUGGGUGAUAUAUACUUCUGUCCCCUGGGUAUUAGUUUAUGCUGCCACCCCCUGGAUGUAACAGAACAUCUGGGUGAUAUAUACUUCUGUCCCGUGGGUAUUAGUUUAUGCUGCCACCCCCUGGAUGUAACAGAACAUCUGGGUGUUAUAUACUUCUGUCCCCUGGGUAUUAGUUUAUGCUGCCACCCCCUGGAUGUAACGGAACAUCUGGGUGUUAUAUACUUCUGUCCCCUGGGUAUUAGUUUAUGCUGCCACCCCCUGGAUGUAACAGAACAUCUGGGUGUUAUAUACUUCUGUCCCCUGGGUAUUAGUUUAUGCUGCCACCCCCUGGAUGUAACAGAACACCUGGGUGAUAUAUACUUCUGUCCCCUGGGUAUUAAUUUAUGCUGCCACCCUUGGAUGUAACAGAACACCGUUGUGUUUGUAUAUGCUUAUGUUUUUCCCUUAAGUGUUAGUAUAUACUGCUACCACCUAGAUGUAUGUAUAUGCCACUGCCGGCUGGGUGUAAGUAUAUACUGCUGCACCUGGGGUGAUAGUAAAUGCUAUUUUCCCUGGGUGUUAAAAUAUACUGCUGUUACCUGGAUGUUAGUUUCUGCUAUUUUCCAUGGUUGUUAAUACCGCUGUACCUUGGAGGUUAGACAUGGCGAUGCUUUCAGUUGCUCUAUGUAUACAUUUGUUGUUUGUUGAUUAUGCUAUGUAAGAUAUAAAUGUUUUGUUUGAUAUUCAGCAUUAAUUAUUAAGAAAAAAAGGACCUUCCAAGUAACUGUUUAAAGUAUUCUAUUGGUUGUUACUAAUGUGUUCAUUUUGAAGUUAGAUCAUUUUCAUGCCCCAUGAAGCGUAUCAAGAAGAAAACAACAAAAAUUACAGUGUUUAGAUGUACAACAUGAAAUGGUAUAAUGUAGUUAGGUAAUGAUUUACUGUCUCCUUCUGAAGAACAGGAAACAAGUGAUUUUGUUUGUACUGACUAGGAUGUCUUAUUAUAAUGACAUUUAUAUAUUUAUUUUGUUUUUUAUUGUAUAUUGUAACUGUUUCAUCAGUUGUGUUACAUUCUUUUAUAUAUUGUACUUGCUUUUUACUAUAUGUUUUACAUAACAUUAAUGAUAAGAUUUUUACAUGUUUUUUAGGGAAUUCAUACUAAUAAGAAUACCAGACUUGUGUCCCUUUAUCCAAAAUUGUAGAUGAUUCUUACACACGUAGACAAGUAUAUCUUACUCAUAUAGACGGACAAAACUUACACAUAGACAGGUGAAACUGACACAUAUAGACAGGUGAGUCUUACACAUAUAGACAGGUGAAACUUACACAUAUAGACAGGUGAAACUGACACAUAUAGACAGGUGAGUCUUACACAUAUAGACAGGUGAAACUUACACAUAUAGACAGGUGAAACUUACACAUAUAGACAGGUGAAACUGACACAUAUAGACAGGUGAGUCUUACACAUAUAGACAGAUGAAACUUACACAUAUAGACAGGUGAAACUUACACAUAUAGACAGGUGAAACUGACACAUGUAGACAAGUGAAACUGACACAUAUAGACAGGGGAGUCUUACACAUAUAGACAGGUGAAACUGAUACAUAUAGACAGGUGAAACUGACACAUGUAGACAGGUGAAACUGACACAUAUAGACAGGUGAAACUGACACAUGUAGACAGGUGAAACUGACACAUAUAGACAGGUGAGUCUUACAUAGACUGGUAGACUCUUACCUAUAUCAAAAGAUGAGUCUUGUACCUAUAGACUGACAAACUGUACAUAGAAAGGUAGAAUAUAGACAGUUAAUUCUUACCUAUAUCAAAAGGUGAGUCUUGUACCUAUAGACUGACAAAUCUUACAUAGAAAGGUAGAAUAUAGACAAUUAAUUCUUACCUAUAGACAAGUGAAGGUUAUAGACAAGUCAGUCUUAUUGAUAUAGGCUGUUGACUGUACAUGCCAGGUCAGUGUAGAUGUAAUGUGACCAGGAGGAGUGACAGGGUCCAUGGUUUAAAGGGUUAUUAGCCUUGAAAUCUCACCAUUACUGGUGCUAAAUGAUUACAACAGCAUUAAAUAUUCCAAAUGUACAGGUUUGUGGUGUUGGGUGUAUUGUUAUACUGCAUGAUUAGUGUAUUGUUUAAUACGAAGUGUAGAGUUAUUAACAUGUUAUUUGCUGGUAUAAUUUCCAGUGAUUAACACAAUAUUGUUUCAUAGUGGAUUUUAUUUCAUAGUUUCAGAAGUCUUACCCAAAAACCUAUUGAUUUUGUUACAUAUUUUUUUAUUGGUUAGCUCUGUGUUGUGGUCUUAUUUCUAGAAAUCACACCAACAUUUAUCUUAAAAGUUCUCUCUCUUGCUCCAAAGAUUCGGUCUUGUUUUACCUGUACCUUGUAUGGCAAUUAGGAUUUAAUGAGUUUCUUCUGUUUAGAGAGUAUAAUGAAUACCUGAAAGAGUGUAUAACCCAUGAAUGAAUAUCUUCCUACUAAAAAGUGAAAGGAUAUGCUGAUUCUAAUUUGGCAUGUGAUGAAAACCUUCCAACCAGAAGCUGCAAGUCUUCCCAGAAAUUGAAGAAAAUCUCCCUUUUCCGUGUUCUUACGACAUAUACAUGAUGCAGGGACCAACAACUAUCAAUAUUCAGUGGACCAUUUUGAUACACCAUGAAUAUCAUUUCAGAAGAAUCUCCUCAGAGCUGGAACUGAUAUUCAACGUAAUAAGGUCACUUAUAUAACAAUUCCAUUUUCCUUCAUCUUAAACUUUUUUUUAUUGGCUAAUGAGCAAAAUUAGUCAGUGUUAAUUGCAUCUACAGCGAUACAUGUAGUAUUGUUAUCUUAGCUAUAUCACAUACCACUUUGUGCCUUGAAACAAAUACCAGACUGGUUUUGCUUUUUGUGUACCAGUGAAUAAAGCUGUUGUGAUUAUAUAAUUUUACUAUAGAUAUGUGAUAGUUUAAAAUUUACCUAGAUAUAUGAUGGUUUAUAAUUUACCUAGAUAUAUGAUGGUUUAUAAUUUACCUAGAUAUAAGAUGGUUUAUAUUUACCUAGAUAUCUGAUGGUUUAUAAUUUACCUAGAUAUAUGAUGGUUUAUAAUUUACCUAGAUAUAUGAUGGUUUAUAAUUUACCUAGAUAUAUU